AUGAUACCGAUACCCUUACUUGCAUUAGUGGCACCAGCACUAUGCCUCAAAGCUUUCGAUAACGGUGUAGGACACACACCACAAAUGGGGUGGAAUUCAUGGAAUAAGUAUGGGUGUAAUAUCAACGAAUCGGUGAUCAUCUCAGCUGCGGAAACCAUGAACCAGUUAGGACUUUUGCAGUAUGGUUACGAAUAUAUCGUCAUGGAUGACUGCUACCAGUUGAAGGAAAGAGACUCAGAAACUGGGAAAAUCGUCGUAGAUCCACAAAGGUUUCCCAAUGGUAUCAAAUACUUAUCCGACAGAGUCCAUCAAUUGGGGUUUAAAUUUGGCAUGUACUCUUCCGCUGGCAAAUUUACCUGUGGACGGUACCCUGGGUCUUUAGGUUAUGAGGAACUCGAUGCACAAACUUUUGCAGACUGGGGAGUGGACUACCUCAAGUAUGACAAUUGUUUCAAUGAAGGCAUGAGUGGUAACGAAAAAAUUAGUUCUGACCGGUACUUGAAGAUGUCACAAGCACUCAAUGCUACUGGCAGAACCAUCUUCUAUUCUUUGUGUCAAUGGGGUGAAGAUAAUGUAUGGAACUGGGGAACAACCUUAUCAAAUUCCUGGCGUGUCACUGGAGAUAUCUAUGAUAGUUUCAACCGCUACGACGAUCGGUGUCCUUGUGAGCUGUUUGACUGUGCAGGGAUCCAAGGAAAUCUGUGCUCCAUGGUGAAUAUCUUUGAAAAAGCCAUUCCGCUCGCUCAGAAAUCUGGACCGUUUGAAGGGUGGAAUGAUCUCGACAGUUUGGAAGUCGGCAAUGGUGGAAUGACCACAAACGAAUAUAAAGCCCAUUUCACGCUUUGGGCUAUUUUGAAAAGUCCAUUGGUAUUGGGAAACGAUCUUCCACGAAUGUCGCAGACAGAUUUUGCAAUCAUCACCAACAAGGAUAUUAUUGCCAUAAAUCAGGAUUUCUCGAGUCCUGCCGUGCGGGUGUGGAAAAGGGCUGUCAAGGGUGGGCAUUUACUGCUUUUGGUGAAUAAAUUAGCUGACCCGUACGUCUUUACUGUAACGUUGUUCAAUAGCGGAGAUAGAAAGGAAAGGUUGGAGGUCAAAUUCUCGGAUAUUUUUUUUGACCACCCAGGCUUCCAGGAGUCCUCCUUUACUGCCAGAGACCUUUGGACAAACGAGACGAUGGACGUCAAACAGCGGUUUUUUACGGCUGUGAACAAACACAGUGUGAAGGUUUGGAAUUUUGUGCUUACCGAUACAGUGGCAGCAAAUUCCGGUUGGGGAGCCAAUUUGCGGUCAAUUUGGCACCUCUGUGUCGACACUAUUCUUGUAUCGAAGCAGAUAAGUUAA